GGUUGUCUCCUCAUCCAAGCCCAGAGAAGAUGCAGGAAAUUAUUGGUGGUAUAAAGUACGAUAUUCUUCAAAUAUCAGUUCAGUGUUCAAGGAUUGCCCAUACAAGGUGUUUAUGCUUUGAUAGUAUUCUUCCAUCCCACCUCCUCUGCCUCUUUAAAUUUCUGAAGAAUUGUCUGUUUUUUGAUAAAUGCUGGCAAAAGGCUUGCUUCCACUAUGUUGAUCAGAGGGUGGCUAUGAUCAUUUGAUUGGUACUUCAGAACAUGGAUUGAUUAUUAGUUCAUCACAGCUUACAAUACCUGCUUUCAGAUGUUGGUCAAGAAGAUCCAAGCCUAACCAUGAUAUUGCUACCAUAUGGGGUCUUGUUGAGAAGAAAUUACGCCUCCCUUGCUUUCCCUCCAGUUACUUCAAUCCAAACAGAGCAUUAGUUUCUCAUAAGAUGGAUUUCCCACGAUAGUCACAAUAUACAUUGGUGCAUGGUUAUAGUGAUAGGGGUGGUUACUUCCCUAUAAUUCAAUACUGACCCACCAGAAAACCAGAAGUUAUAAACAUUUUAAUGUAUACCAUAUAGAAACUUGUAUGUUGGAGAAUUUUGUGUGGGGUUUAGAUGGGGGCAAUACCAUCAGAGGACACUUUACCAUGGUACCAUUUGAGGUCUGAGCCUUUGUUUUGACAUAGCUUUUCUGAUGCAUCAGUUUUGGCGUCUUUAACUCUCCACCUCAAGUUUUAUUUAUUCAAAUUUUACUAGGCAUGCGGUAGCAUAAAAUAUAUGUUGCACUCACAAUGGCACUAUGCUGUUUCAUUAAUCCAUAGUUGUUGCAAACAUGAUUGUGUAUUUAUAAUGUGGCAGGCAUUUAUUGAUUGCUUUUGGUUAAUCCAAUGGGGUGGCUCAAUGGUAAGAACUUGAGAUUCCAAGUUGGAGAUCUCAAGCAUUUAUUGAUUGCUUUUGGUGGACUUGCUGGCUUGAAAGAGAGCGUUGAAGAAGAUGAUAAUCUACAGGGAAAGAAUGCUCCUGAGGUAUUUGACUUGUAUUUGAACACAUGCCCUCACCAAGGAAGUCAAACAAUUAGGACAGAGGAAGCAAUUUUUAUAUCACUUCAUUAUUUCCAAGAAGAAAUUACUCGAGCACUUCAGAGAGCUUAAAACCAAAGGUAGCUUUAACUCUGCAUACAAGAAACACUGAUGAUUUUUGUGCUGGCAUAAUGCUCAGAUCCUCAUUUUGAAUAUAUGAAGCUGGUAGCAGAAUGCCUGUGUGUCCUCCAAAACACAUGUUCAUCUAGCAUGCGCAGGCGAAGAAAUUGCCUAUACAUUUUUGACUUUUGUCGUUUUUCUUUGGCAUUUUUUUGACCUUUUCCAGUUUUCUUUUUGUCGUUUCUAAUCAAUUCCCUAAUCUAGAGUUCUCUUCCCUAUGAUUUUCAAAACACGAGAGUUGAUUUGCCCCUGAACCUGCCUGUAAAGACUAAAAAUUUUGAUUUAUU